AUCGGGGUUCUUCCUCCAAUAGUAGUGGCUUAUACUUCUGCUAUUACUGUUCAAUAGUCCGCAUUGAUUUGAUUCUAAUCUUUCUAAGUAGCUUCUGGGGUUGCGAUUACAUUCCGAGCGGGGUCCUGGAAUCCUGUCGGCGUUGCUCGGUGUAAGGGCAGAAAAGCCGAGUGAGUCACCUGACGUUGACGUAGAGAGCCAAUACUGUUCGUCUCUUUUCUCCUGCCACCAUCGCUGCCAGCAACGAGCUGGCCUCUAUUCUAUCGUCCUUGUAGUGUUGUUAUUUCCUCAAUGUUGUCGAAACGUAUAAUUGCUAUUGCCCAAGGACGGGCUUUGCUUCCUCGCAAUCGCGCAGGUGCAGUUGCGUUGUCAAGAGGAUGGAGUGUUGCAAGCACAUCUGCGAGGGUUGCACAGUUCCACUCAUCGAAGUUGUUGCAAGCCGAGACUAUCAAAGUCCCUCAGAUGGCAGAAUCAAUAUCUGAAGGUACUCUUAAGACAUGGCAUAAACAGCCUGGAGACCCAGUAGAAGCGGAUGAAGAGGUUGCUACUAUCGAGACCGAUAAGAUCGACGUAUCUGUGAACGCACCUAGUGCUGGUACCAUUACCGAACUCCUUGCCGGCGAAGAAGAUACCGUUGCCGUAGGUCAGGAUCUUUUCCGAUUCGAACCCGGUGAAGCUGGUGCCGCUGCUGCACCAAAAGAGGGUGUCCCAGAAACCAAGGAACCAAAACCUGAGAAGGAGGCUGAGGCAAAGAUAGAGCCUAAAGAGCAGCCAGUGGAGAAGGCCCCUCCUCCACCCCCACCACCUGCUCGGGAAGGAGGCGAGGCAAAGAAGGAGAUUAAGGAAGCGCCAAAGGCUGCACCACCAUCAAAACCGAAGGAGGCAGCAAAAGAAAUUGAAGUCGCUCCUCCUCGCGUGGCCGGUGCUAGAACUGAGACACAUGUCAAGAUGAGCCGUAUGCGUCUGCGUAUCGCAGAACGUCUGAAGGAGUCUCAGAACGCGGCUGCAUCGCUGACGACGUUCAACGAGAUCGACAUGUCGAGCUUGAUUGACUUCCGCAAGAAGUACAAGGAGGAGGUGUUGAAGACUCAGGGCGUAAAGCUCGGAUUCAUGAGCCCGUUCGCAAAGGCGUGUUGUCUUGCGCUCAAGGAGAUUCCCGGGGCGAAUGCUUCAAUCGAAGGCGAUUCGAUCGUGUAUAGAGACUACGUCGACCUCAGCGUUGCUGUUGCUACACCAAAGGGCUUAGUUACACCCGUCGUCCGUAACGCUGAUAGCAUGAACUUCGUGGAGAUAGAGAAAGAGAUCGCUGCGUUGGGUAGGAAGGCUCGUGAUGGAAAGCUGACGCUGGAAGAUAUGGCGGGUGGAACCUUCACCAUCUCCAACGGAGGCGUUUUCGGCUCACUUUAUGGUACUCCCAUCAUCAACGUGCCGCAAGCAGCUGUUCUCGGUGCGUCUCGUCUCGGUUUCUUCUCAUCUCUUUUUGUCUUGUCACAUUUCCCACUUCCUUCGUCCCCUGAACUGGUCAUGGCUCACUUGUACCUCGUUCCCGUUGCGUUUCUUCAUGUUUCCUUGUCUUGCCUUUCUUAUUGUUUUCUCACCGGUACCCGUUGUCUUACCACUUCAAACAAUCUUAGGUAUGCACACCAUCAAGGAACGAGCCGUUGUCGUCAACGGCCAGAUCGUGAUCCGACCCAUCAUGGUAGUCGCACUCACUUACGACCAUCGUCUCCUCGACGGACGGGAAGCCGUUACUUUCCUCGUGAAAAUCCGAGACUACCUUGAAGAUCCUCGCAGGAUGCUCCUCGUUUAGACAGACAAUAUGGACUUCAGACUGCGCUUCUUCCCCCCCAAGAACAACCCGACGACCUUUAUGUUGGUAAUCGGUAAAUCACAAUCAAUACUGUACGGAGUUAUUACCGUAAGCAUCUCUUCGUACAACAGUUACAUACAAUAAAGCUCCUUGCAAGUGUUGCUGUCUGUCGCUCGUUUCUUUUCAUUUGCGAUUGCUUUGUUUCAAUGUUUGUGCCUUGAUACAAUCAUCAUACAUACUCUAGCUUUUCUUCUUGUUUUCGAACGUAAAUGAACAUUUCAUCCAUGUUAUUUAUAUAUAGCAACUUCGCAACUGGAAAAAGAUGCGUAUGACAGUCGUGAGAGUGGUUCCAAUCUGGUUCUUGUUUAGAUUGGCAUGGACUACAUACGUUACCCAUAUGCAUUCACAAUGAGCUAUGACCUUUCUCAGACAA